CGCAUGGCGUACUAGCAGAGCGGACGCGACGUAACAGCGUGGAAGGAAACGCGAAAAUCGUAGUGACUCGUCACGUUUUUGCUUCGAUGAUGGAGCAUAUACAACACCAGCAGGGCUUUAACUCGCAUCUGAAGAAGGUCUUAAAAAGUUACCAAGUGGCAUCGAUGAAUAGUUUGAGUGGACCGGCCAGCUACACGUCCUACUGGAACGAUCUGAAGCUGAGCCCACCCAUCACGGCCGCCGCAUUCGACGGAUGUGUCAGUGCGGCUCGCAACGCCGAGAAAACGAUGAAAGGAAGUGGACCGAUGGUAAUCAAGUCGGAAAAUGGCAAGUACUUAGAGUACGAUCCGUUAUUCUCGCCGCCGCCGUUCCCGGUGCAGCAACUGCCCGUCUUCUCGCCGGCGGACCAGUCGCGCGAACGCAGCGAGACGGUCCUCGAGAACGAGUGCAUCACGUGCUUCAUGGUCGGCGGCGAGAAGCGACUCUGUCUGCCGCAGAUUCUCAACACCGUACUGCGGGACUUCUCGCUGCAGCAGAUCAACGCCGUCUGCGACGAGCUGCAGAUCUUUUGCUCACGCUGCAACCCAGAACAGCUCGAGAUCCUCAAGGUGUGCGGCAUCCUGCCGUUCAGCGCCCCGUCGUGCGGCCUCAUCACGAAGACGGACGCCGAGCGGCUGUGCAACGCGCUGCUGCACGCGCGGACGCCCGCGUCGGCGUCGUCGGACGCGCCGCCGCCGACGACCAAGCACAGCUUCCGCGUCUACCACGAGUGCUUCGGCAAGUGCAAGGGCACGUUCAUCCCCGAACUGUACACGGAGCCGCACGCGGCGUGCAUAGCCUGCUGCGAGUGUCAUGGCCUCGUGUCGCCACAGCGCUUCGUCGUGCACUCGCACCGGCCGCGCGAGAACCGCACGUGCCACUGGGGCUUCGACUCAAACAGCUGGCGCAGCUACGUGCUCGUCGCGAAGAACCAGGAGAACGAGGCCCAGCUACGAGAGAAGCUCGACGACAUCAAGAAGUGGUUGCAUGAGUGCCAGAAGUCACAGCUAGCUUCCAUCCUUGAAGCGAAGGUCGCAGUACCUGAAACAGAACCUGUGGCUGAUGCCAUCGUAAUCGACGGUUCAGCUCUGGUCAACGCAUUGCCACCAAGAGCAUCGAAGACAUCUGCAGAAUAUGCCACACUGGAUUUCAUUCCAAAAGUCGCAACUUACGCUGUUAAGUAUAAGAGAAUGGGCAUUUUCUUCGACGUCUAUCAACCAUCAAGCCUGAACGCAGAAACUAGGAUCAAACGAGGAAAGGGAGCCAGGCGUCGUGUAACAGAGAAUGGCAAGAUGCCACGUAACUGGCAAAGCUUUCUAAGGGACGACACCAACAAGACAGAGCUGUUUGAAUACCUCGCUAUGAAGGUAGCUGAUGUCCGCACAGAAAACACAGUCAUCAUUACCAAAGGCGCAAACGCCAUCAUCGCCAUCUGA